CAUACCCUCAAAGCCAUUAUGAUGAUAAGUGAGCAGAGAUAGUGAGAGAGAACUUUGAAAUUUUAAUGGAAAGGUCAGGACGUUUGAUGAUGAUGCGAGGAUGCAAUCCGGAUUACAUCACACCACGUCGACGACCAACACCAAGCUAGCAAGGAGUUUGAGAGUCAACAACAUCUGUUGGCAUUGCGGAAUACCUCCUAGUAGAGAGCCAAUUCUGAUGAUUCUCACGACCGUGCCCGUGUUACUGCAGGAAGCUGAGGGAUAUAUUCUGAUCCCGGAACGUCUGCCCUCAAUCAGAGCCACGAAUCGGGAGAUCGUGCCCGGCGAAAUUAUUUCUCCAUCCCCGUAUUGGCGCGUCCCAAAAGUUCAGCAACCUCACUUCUGAAUCCGCCCUCCCAUCCAUCAAACCACAGCAUCAUGGUCCUCAGAAUCCGCCUCUCACGCUUCGGCAAGCGCCACGACCCCUUCUACAACAUUGUCGUCUCGCAAGCCCGCACCGCCCGCGACAGCAAACCCCUAGAAGUCCUCGGCACCUACGACCCCAUCCCGCAACCCCCUCCCCCGGGCUCCGUCUCGCGCCGCGCGUUCAAAGAAAUCAAGCUCGAUGCCGCGAGAGCACGGUACUGGAUUGGUGUGGGUGCGCAGCCGAGUGAUUCAGCAUGGCGGCUAUUAUCAAUGGUCGGAAUCUUGGAGCCCCGCUUCCGCGUCGCGCAGAUAAAACAACAAGUCGUGGCCGCAGAUAAUCCGCUAGCGGCGGUAGAUGCGGCGCGCAAGACGGCUGAGGCGGCGGCGAGGAAGGCGAAGAAGUCGGCUGCUAAGGCUACAGUUCCUCCACCGGAGCAGAAGGCGUAAUACGCUUAUUAAAAGAGUGAAGGAUGAAGGGAGCCUGGGCUCAAUUGAUCUGCAUUGGAUGGCGUUUGGGAUGGCUGCGCUGCGUCGCGGCUUAUGUAUAAAAGACGACUGGUGAGACGUGGGU